AAGAAGUAUCAUACAUCACUUCCUGUGCUCAAGUGGUGGAGCUGCGCCUUUCAACUCCAGUAGUAGUAGGAGCUGUAGCGGUAACUGUGCUGAGGAGUACCCACGGUACUUAGGAGGACGACUAUCAUCGGACGGGAAACCCAUGACUCUGUCCCCGACCUCGUCCGUCUGGUUUAGUGGACCCUACACUUAGACGGCGACAGCAUUGAACAAUAGCUGUGGGUAUUGGAUAGUACCUCUCCUCCUUUUUUCCAGGUCUUUCUUUUCCUUCACACACAUGUUCAAAACACACACACACACACACUCUCUCACACACAGUUACUUCAGCUAGACUCUUGGACAGCGGCCAAGAGUAGACAGCUGAGUUACCACAACUCCUGGCCGUGGAGAGAUGUGGCUUUAACAUGGACGAUGCCCAGGAAAAGACUCUCGUCUUCGUGAAAUGCACCGAGUCUCCUCAGAGGGUUUGUGACAGAUAAUCAGCCAGGCCUCAGGAUGAAACUGGAACGGAGGUGAAAGACUUGCGUCAGGUGGAAGCUUGAGCCUGCUCCGCUGCAACACUAACACACCCAGAGCCUAACAGAAACAGAAACGGCACCUUCCACAGCAACUGGAAUCCUACAGAGUCAACAUUUCUUAACUUCUUAUCACAGCCCCCCCCCCGCCCCCCCCCCAAGUGCCUUUUGGAUCUGCUGUCAAUUCUUUUCUUUUCUAACCCAAAAGGUUUACAUUCCAAGGCCUCGACCUUAACUCUGUCCCUAUUCAAAGAGUUUACAUUCUCUUGCAAUCCCCCCCCCCCCCCUCUUGACAGCAGGAUACAUACCAUCUGCCAGUGCAGUUAGCAGUUGAUUUUAUAUAUACAUAUUUUUUUUUUAAAUAACUAGGGAGUUUUUUUUUGGGGGGGGUUCUUUUCCACCGUCUGGACUUUUUUUUGUUUUAAGUGGACAUGAAGCUUCCCUCAGAGGAAUGAGACCACCGUAGAGCGAGUGCCUCGUUCUUUCAUUGCAGAGUCACUCCAACCUCCUCCUCACACACACAGACUCUUAAAAAAAAAAAAAGAAAUAACGAGCCAAGCGCGGCAUCGUACCCAAUCGAUCCCUGCAGGCGGUUGCCAUGGUCACGCUACAGUCCAAAUGGCGCUACCUGGUGAUGUUACUGGCCGUGCAGCUGGUCGUCAUGGCGCUGCUGUCGCGGGAGGGCAACCAGCGGAGGGUGUCGUACUUCUUCCGAAUCUUCCGGAAGACAGAGCACACCGCGUCUCCCCCACACGGGCACAACGGCACCAGCGGAGGGGACGUGUACGCCAACCUCUCAGCCCCGGCCCGGAGUGCAGCCAGAGAGGACCUUCCCUACUGCCCCAGAAAGUCUCCCCUCAUUGGCGGACCAAUCCGCGUCACCUUCCCCUCGGGCUUGACCCUGUCUGGAGUCGAGCGGAAGAACCCACUUGUUACGCGGGGAGGUCGGUAUCGCCCCCCAGACUGUGAGGCCAAGCAUCGCACCGCCAUAAUCAUCCCCCACAGAAACCGGGAACACCACUUGAAGUUCUUCCUCUACCAUGUGCACCCUUUCCUGCAGAGGCAACAGCUCGAUUACGGCAUUUACAUCAUCCACCAGGCUGGGAACUACACCUUUAAUCGGGCAAAGCUGAUGAAUGUGGGCUUCCGGGAAGCCAUGCGCGAGGAGGACUGGGACUGCCUGUUCUUCCAUGACGUGGACCUCAUCCCCGAGGACGACCGCAACUCCUACACCUGCGAAACUGUCCCGAAGCACGCCGCUAUAGCCAUGGACAAAUUCGGCUACAAGCUGCCAUAUAAGAUGUAUUUCGGAGGCGUCUCGGCCCUGACCCCUUUGCAGUACCUGAGGAUGAACGGUUUCCCCAACAACUACUGGGGCUGGGGCGGCGAGGACGACGACAUUGGAAUCAGAGUGUCUCUGGGAGGUAUGUCGAUCUCGCGUCCGUCGGUGAACAUAGGACGCUACAAAAUGAUCAAACACAAGCUGGACACGGGGAACGAGCGGAACCCAGAGAGGUUUAACAUGCUGGCCAAGACGCGGCAGACCUGGAAACUGGACGGCAUGAACUCGCUGGACUACGAGCUCAUCUCUCGCGAGUACAGGCAGCUGUACACUAACAUCACUGUUAACAUCGGGACGGAAGAGGGCCUUCACCCAACCCCCAAAAGUGCUGCCCCAGCUGACGCCCGCAUCCCUACGUCCUCCUCCACCAAAAAAGAAAAGCAGGCAAACGCAGCGGGCAAGAAAACACCAGACCACUGAGGAUUCCGUGUGUGUGUGUGUGUGUGUGUGUGUGUGGGGAGUAGCAGCAGGAGCGUGGUUGGUGGUAGUGUUGGGUAGAGAGGAAGACGGGGGGUCCUCUCAGACCCCCCCUGCCUUUUCCCUCUAAGACAAAAUGGCUCCCACCAUCCAUUGCCUCCCACCAUUCAGGACGCACUGGCAGUGCCAUUAUAGGACCAAGCUCUUUCACGCUAUUGCCUUGUUCACCCACCCUUACGUUAGCCUCUUCCUGUGAGAAGAACAGAAACACUGCUCUGUGGUGUGGGGGUGUGGGUGGGGGAUUUUCCUGUGUGAAACCAAUUUGGUUUGGGUUUUUUUUUUUUUUUUUUUUCUGGGGCACAUAUUCUCUCUCUAGAGGAAGGCAGUGGUGGGAAAGAUUAGACCGUUGAAUGUAUCUCUCUGCGUGUGAUUUACAACAACAUCAUUGUUUUCUCCCCCCCCCCCCCAGGACUCUCCCUGCACAUGACACUUGACCUUUGUUUGUUGUAUUUGCGGUGACAACAAGAGAUGGGACCUGUGUCAUGUCCGCAAGGAGACAAAUUUGGACUUGGUUUUAACCUGUUGCCUUAGCAUAAUUGCAAAAGUAUCAUCUUGGUCUUGUCCUCUGUGUGCUUAAAACAGUGUGCUUGUGUGUCUGUGGGUGGGUGUUUGUUUGUGAGCAUGCGUAUGUACAUAUUUGCUUCAGUGAAAGAAUGUUUACAUAAAACCAAUUAAACCCUGUUGAGAUAAGGUUUGCAGAAGGCUGCAUCACCAGUCCCUUAAGGGAGGUUAAAAACCGGAUACUGCUAGGAACAGGCCAUGUGGGGGUGUGUUAGCCAGGUUUUAGUUUCACUCACCGUAUCCUUAUACCCUUCCCUUACAUUCAUAUCAGACUUGAUAUUUACAGUGGUUAACCUGUCAUAGAUAUCCUGGAAGUUUUCCUAGAAGGGGGGGGAUGGCUAUUUACAUUUCAUGUCAUAUCAGGUGCUGAUUUGUUAUUCUUCCCAUUUUGAUCUCUGUUUCCUUGAUCCCAGCCCUAAGGGCUGCACAGUGCUUUAUGCAAGAUGAGUGUGGUCAUGCUUUGGAUAGUCAAAUGUUGAUUGCGCCCUGACCACUGUCGUGCCCUUGUGAUGUUUCAAGUGCACAUUUCAAUUGCAGUAACUCGAGGCCCGUUUGGACCUGAUAGAUGGGCAUACCCUAAUCGAACCCAGGUAGCUAGUUAUCGUAUAUAUCUGAUAUGAAGCCACAAAGGUGAACUCAUGGGUGACGUCUUGUUUAGCAUAGAGAGUACAGUUCAUUAGUCACUAUGGGGAGUUGUCUUACAUAUUGUAGCCAUGACUGAAUGGAAAGAAAAUCACUAAAUCCUGUUCAGAAAGAGGGGGAAAAUGAAUGGUUUGAGCAUUAAAAAGGAA